AAAAAGAAAAAUCACUCAUUUUUCUCAGUUUCUUCGUUUAUCAAACAUACUUGGAGACAUUUUGAGCAUAUAUCAACAAAUCUCACUGUGUAUAGGCAGAUACCGUGAAGUAAGAAUCUUUGGUUAUUUAUCAAGUUUAGCGGAAAUGGCAUUGGGGAAGAAGAGAAUCGUUGCCCAGAUAUCGAACUUAAAGCAUCGUCGUGGUGUGGAAGAAGGAGGAUUAGGGUUAGAGUUAGAGUUAGAGUUAGAGUUAGAGUUAGAGUUGGGUCAGUACAAGAGAGGAUUUGGGAGGAAGAGGGUUCUGAUUUCAGGGAUUGGUGAUUGGAUUUGCACUUCACCUAUAGGAAAAAUCUCAUCAAAGAAGCUAUGCGAUGAAACUUCGGCUACAGGUGGUCAAAGUCGAGAGCUUGAAGAUCUUCCUCUAGAUAUUCUGGUGAGGAUUAUCUGUGGAGUCGACCAUGAAGACUUGAAGCAACUGUUUCAUGUUUCAACGACAGUAAGAGAAGCUACAUUAAUUGCAAAUAAGUCACAUUUCGCGUAUAGUACACCUCGGAAAACCUCUGUUUUCCAUCAUAGCAGAUUCGGUUUAGACAAACCGUUUGGUUUAGGUGAUGGCGAUGAUUAUGAGAGUGAAGCCCCAGGAGCCCCAUUGCAUAAAAGGCAUCGUUACCGUAACGAGGACUACUCUGGAGUCUCGAUGGCUCUGUUCAAGUGAAUCAAACAACUUGGUUUGACGCUAAAUACCAAUCAACUUGGUUUGAGGCUAAUCCCAAUCAACUUGGUUUCUUCAUGUUUCUUGAUUGAAGAAAAAGAGUUAUAAGUUAUGCUCUUAGGUUUUGGUUUGAAUAAGUCUUUGUAAAUUUUUGUUAGAUAAAAAAGAGAGACAGGGUUUUGGAAGGCUAGCUUGUUUAGAAGGUCAGAAAAUAUUUUCUUUGGAGGUUGUAAACUUGUGAUGUAAAUAUAGUAUAAAAAAGAGAGACUGG